AUGGCCGAUAACUCGCCUGAGAAGCCCGACGCCGCCGCGCCCGUUGUCGGCAACGAGGACGUGCCUGAUUCUGGAGCCAAGGUUGCUGGCGAGGGCGAAUUGACUGCCAAGGCUGCGGUCAAGUCUGAGGGAGACGCAGUCAUGGAAGAAGCAAAGGGCGCUGAAG